AUGGAGUCAUCAAACCAGGAACACUUCUUCGAGACAGACGCCCAACAAGUCAAGAGGCAGCAGCGUGCCAAGAAGGAGGAAAACGCCUUUGGCAACCCGCUUCGCCUGACCUCCAAGGUCCUGGCUGUGAUACCGGACCCGAGGAAGCCGCAGACGGUCUUCACCGCCGAAUCCGGUGGCAGAGUCUCGCGGAUAGAUACCGAGACCCGAAGCAUAAGCGCAAAGUACACAGGUCCCUCCGUCCCUGUAACAUGCCUCAGCAUCGGCGGUCCAGAGGGAAACACCCUCUUUGCCGGAAGUUGGGACAAGACGGUAUGGUCAUGGGAUAUCUCCACCCGCAAGCCCACCCGCCGGUAUGACGGACACUCCGACUUCGUCAAAGCCAUCGUUUGCGGCAAGAUUGGCGACAAGCACGUCCUGGUCAGUGGCGGCGCGGAUAAGAAGAUCAUCGUUUGGGACUUGGAGAGUGGCCGCAAGUUGCAUACGCUCCAAGACUCUGCUUCCAGUGCGAGCAUGAUGUCGCUGCAGUCCCUUGCCGUCGAUCCCGUCCUGAGCACGAAGGAGGAGAUUGUGGUUGUGAGCGCCAGCAGUGAUCCGCAUAUUCGCCGGUGGAAGGUUGCUAUCGACGGAUACUCGCAACUUCCCAUCGAGGCGAAAGGAGAUUCAGAGGAAAUUCUCACGAUCCAGGAACACGAGACGAGCGUUUACAAAGUGGUCUUCGAUGUCACGGGGGAUGAGGUGGACCUCUGGACUGCCAGCGCGGACGGCACGGCAAAAUGUUUACUGCGAGAAAAGGCCUUCAAGGCAGAAGACGUGUUCGAGCACGGUGAUUUCGUUAGAGCCAUUGCUCUGACGAACGAUUGGGUCGUCACGGGCGGCAUCAGCCAGAUCAUCAAGAUCUGGGAUCGCACGUCGGGGAAGUUGUACGCUGCUAUUGAUGCGCACUUUGACGAGAUCACGGACCUGAUUGUGUUGAGAGAUCUGGCAGGCAGAGAGGAUGUGCUGUGCAGUGUUGGCAUCGACUGUACCCUUCGAACUUGGCCGCUUGAUCGGAAGGGUCUAGAUGGGGUCGUCGAAGAGAUCAAGGCUGCGGCGGAAGGGAAGGAGAAAACGGAAGAGAAGCAGGGAGACCUGAUGACGGCCGAUGAAGAGGCCGAGCUGGCCGCGUUGAUGGAGGAUGAUUGA